CCCUCCUCCCUCCCCGUGUGGUUUGUGGUAUCCCUGGAGGGACAGAAGGUGUCCUCCCGGGUCCAGGCCCUGACAGGCAGCUGGGCGGCCGAGAGCGCGGAUGCUCGCAGGCGUGCGCGCGUGGGAGGCGGCUGCGCUCUUCCCCCAGGGCCCGAGCGCGGCCUGAGGAUCCCCGCUCAGCCUGGGCGCUCAGUGGCCGUGGACUGGGCCUUGGGCGCGCGCGAGGUGGUGGCGGCGGCGGCAGCGCGGGGUGGGGUGGGGGAACCCCGGGACCCCAGGCCGCGCGAGCCAGCCCCGAGGCGCCUCGCCCACGCUCGCUCCUCUUCCCCUCCCCCGCUCCGCUUCCUUCCUCCGUCCAGCCCGGGCCGGACGCGAACCGGGGGCCAGCCUCGGGGACCGUUCAACUUGGCGGCUCCCGGGCCCGCUGCCCGCGCGCUAGUUGUGAGGCGUGGCCGGGCGAAGGAGGCGCUUGGGGGGCGUGGGGCUCCCCAGCUGGCGGCGGCGGCGGCGGCGAUCGAGAGGGCGCGCGGGACAAUGAGCUGGGCAGCUGCGCGCCGCGGCCGCCCUUAGCUGGCCGAGCGGGCCCACCUGCCGGCAUGAUGGGCCGAAUGGCCGAGCCAGGUGUCCCGCUGCUGUAAGGCCGGAGCGCCCAGAUCGCGGCGCGCCCGGGGCGCCGGGGACGUUCCUUGAUUAAUUCAUUGAUUUGUGGAGCGCUUCUCCCGAGCAGCCGCGAUGGCCAGCACCAGGAGCAUUGAGCUGGAGCAUUUUGAAGAACGGGACAAAAGGCCGCGGCCGGGGUCGCGGAGAGGGGCUCCCAGCGCCUCCGGGGGCAGCGGCAUCUCCGGCCCCAAGGGCAACGGGCUCAUCCCCAGCCCGGCGCACAGUGCUCACUGCAGCUUCUACCGCACGCGGACCUUGCAGGCCCUCAGCUCGGAGAAGAAGGCCAAGAAGGCGCGCUUCUACCGGAAUGGGGACCGCUACUUCAAAGGCCUGGUCUUCGCCAUCUCCAGCGACCGCUUCCGUUCCUUCGAUGCGCUCCUCAUGGAGCUCACCCGCUCGCUGUCAGACAAUGUGAACCUGCCCCAGGGCGUCCGCACAAUCUACACCAUCGACGGCAGCCGGAAGGUCACCAGCCUGGACGAGCUGCUGGAAGGUGAGAGUUACGUGUGUGCCUCCAAUGAACCAUUUCGUAAAGUUGAUUACACCAAAAACGUUAAUCCGAACUGGUCUGUGAACAUCAAGGGUGGUACCACCCGAGCCUUGGCCGUGGCCUCUGUGAAAAGUGAGGUGAAAGAAAGCAAGGAUUUCAUCAAACCCAAGUUAGUGACUGUGAUUCGAAGUGGAGUGAAGCCUAGGAAGGCUGUGCGGAUCCUUCUGAAUAAAAAGACUGCCCAUUCCUUUGAGCAGGUCCUCACGGAUAUCACUGAAGCCAUUAAACUAGACUCGGGCGUGGUCAAGAGGCUGUGCACCCUGGAUGGAAAGCAGGUUACUUGUCUGCAAGACUUUUUUGGUGAUGAUGAUGUUUUUAUUGCAUGUGGACCUGAAAAAUAUCGUUAUGCUCAAGAUGACUUUGUCCUGGAUCAUAGCGAAUGCCGGGUACUGAAGUCAUCUUAUUCUCGAGCCUCAGCUGCUAAGUAUUCGGGAUCCAAAAGCCCAGGGCCCUCCCGCCGCAGCAAGUCACCAGCCUCAGUAAAGAGGGCUGGCCACACCAGUGCCUGUUCUUCAGCCAAAUCCCCAGUGAACGGAACUCCCAGCAGCCAGCUCUCCACUCCUAAGUCCACGAAGUCCUCUAGUUCCUCUCCAACCAGCCCGGGAAGCUUCAGAGGAUUGAAGCAGGUUUCUGCUCCAGGCAGAUCUUCUUCCAAUGUGAACGGUGGACCUGAACUUGACCGUUGCCUGAGUCCUGAAGGUGUAAAUGGGAACAGGUGCUCUGAGUCAUUCACCCUCCUGGAGAAAUACAGAAUCGGGAAGGUCAUCGGAGAUGGCAACUUUGCGGUAGUUAAAGAGUGUGUGGACAGGUCUACUGGAAAGGAGUUUGCAUUAAAGAUUAUAGACAAAGCCAAAUGCUGUGGAAAGGAACAUCUGAUCGAGAAUGAAGUGUCAAUACUGCGCCGAGUGAAGCACCCCAACAUCAUCAUGCUGGUCGAGGAGAUGGAGACGGCGACGGAGCUCUUCCUGGUGAUGGAGCUGGUCAAAGGUGGAGAUCUCUUUGAUGCAAUUACUUCUUCAACCAAGUACACGGAGAGAGAUGGGAGUGCCAUGGUGUACAACCUCGCCAACGCCCUCAGAUACCUGCAUGGCCUCAGCAUUGUACACAGAGAUAUCAAGCCCGAGAAUCUUCUGGUGUGCGAAUAUCCGGAUGGAACCAAGUCUUUGAAGCUGGGAGACUUCGGGCUGGCUACAGUGGUUGAAGGCCCUUUGUACACUGUCUGUGGUACCCCGACCUACGUGGCACCAGAAAUCAUUGCAGAAACAGGUUAUGGCCUGAAGGUGGAUGUUUGGGCAGCUGGUGUGAUUACAUACAUCCUUCUCUGUGGAUUCCCACCAUUCCGGAGUGAGAACAAUCUCCAGGAAGACCUCUUUGACCAGAUCCUGGCUGGGAAGCUGGAGUUUCCAGCCCCCUACUGGGACAACAUUACAGAAUCUGCCAAGGAAUUAAUCAGUCAAAUGCUUCAGGUAAACGUUGAAGCUCGUUGUACUGCGGGGGAGAUUCUGAGUCACCCCUGGGUGUCCGAUGACGCAUCCCAGGAGAAUAAUAUGCAGGCUGAGGUUACAGGUAAACUCAAACGGCACUUUAAUAACGCGCUCCCCAAACAGAACAGCACCGCCACCGGGGUCUCCGUUAUCAUGAACACGGCUCUAGAUAAAGAGGGGCAGAUUUUCUGCGGCAAGCACUGUCAAGACAGCAGCAAACCCGCCAGGGAGCGGACCUCGCCAGCCCCUCCCCCAGCCCGGGAGGCCCCUCCCCCAGCCCGGGAGGCCCCUCCCCCAGCCCAGGAGGCUCCUCCCCCAGCCCGGGAGGCUCCUCCCCCAGCGGAGUCUCCCAAGCCCCCUCGACCUCCAGCCGCCUCUGGCUGUGAUCCUGCAGGGACCUGGCGCCGCCACCGAGACUGAACGCUGUGUAGACAGGCCCGAAGCUGCUCGCCGCCUCCGCCGCUUGCCAGGAAGGCGACUCUUCACCAGGCCUCAUCUCCUUGCUGAAAGAGCCUUUCCGUCCUGACUGCUGUUUUGACAGUUUGUUGGCAUGUUCUGUCACGGCCUGGGAACAGGACUAGGGUAUCCUGGAGCCCGUGUUCAGGAUGGCCUCGUGUACCCUGGGUUCUGCCCUCUCUAGUUCCUGGCCAUGUCAAGCCAUGUCAGUUGUGGAGACAUAUUUGGAGUGACUCAUUUUAAAUCAGCCGUGUUUCUAGUUCAGUAGACACUUGGCGGCUUUACACAGAGAAUGUGCAACUUUUAUCUGGAAUUACAUUCUUUUUAUAGAAAUGCAUCGGAUGAACUAGGAUUCUCCUACUGAAGGAUACUCCAAGUGCUCCCUUCUCCCCGGGACACAGUUGUGAUUGUUCCUUUGUAAUGUCCUGUGAGAAGCAACAUGGCCGCCUCCUCUUCAUAGGAAGCCUGAGGCUCCUGGCUUCUGGAUAGAAGAACUGAUCACCUCCGAUUCCUGACUGAGGGAAUGCAUCCUGAUGCCCCAGGAAGCAGCUCCCCUCUGGCUGGGGUGCAGGGCUCACAGACCUGUCAGACAUGCCCUCAGUUUCCCCUAGCGUUCCCUACACAUGUAUUAAUAAAUGCUUAUGAAGUUGGCCUGGGGCUUUUCAGUGGACUGUGCAGCAGCUCUUGGAAGAGCAGGAUGACCUUGACUGUGUCCCCACCAGGGGCUCCUCCCCCUCUGCUGUCUGUGAAGAGCACUCCAAAGCCAUGGCAGGUCUGCUGAGACCCAGCGGGGACUGGGGCGCAUGGUGCUCCUUGAAUGUCCUGUGACAACCUUCUGGAAGGCUGCUGGCAGUUUUUCCUUUUUUUCCACCGCCCUCCUCUUUUUAAUAAUUGUAUAUAACUGUAUUGUUUUACCUGCUUGUCUUCUGAACGGGUGGGCCCUACAGUUCACUCUCAUUGUUAGAUUUUUGCCUUCUCCAAGUAUCCCCGACCUGCAAUAAACUCCUCCCUCUUCGGAAAAGCCAUGGGGUGGGCAGAGGUUUCUGUGUGGUUGAUUUGGACAGUGCAUGUGAUCAGAGCACCUCUCCUUGGUCCAGACCCUCGGGGGCCAGUGUCUGGGGCCACUCCUGCAAGAGCACACAGAUCUUUGCCUUGGCUGAAGUGUAUGUGACCACAGGUGCUGAGACUCGGACCAAAGCACCAAAAGAAGCAAGCUGUUCAGAGAGGGAGCUAGGGACAGUCAUAGAAAAGCUGGGGCUCAGAGAAAGUGGGCUGGAGCAGCUUCCCAUGCCUAUCCUGGCUGGGGCCCCACUUCUCUGACUUGUAAGUUACAAGUUUCCCCGUGAGGCCCUGCUUUCUGCUUAUGACACUGCUCAUCUGUGCCUCUGGUCACCCAGAGCUGUCUCUGUCACCUUCUCGGAGCUUUACAUCGGUCCGGCUGGAAACCCCUGGCCAGGCUCCAGAUCUCUCGGCUCAGGACGCUGAGGGAAGGAGACAGCGGAUGGCCGGCUGGUCCUGGGUUCCACCCAGAGCUGUAGCAGACAUGGGAGGAAGAAGUGUUGGAGAACACUGUGGGCUGCAGGGUUAGAACAUUUUGCAUGUGUCUCCUCAGUAACUGGUUAAAAAAGGUUGAGUCUUAAUUAUGUGUGUGCCUGUCUGUGUGCAUGCAAAUGCAUUGUCCAUGGAGUCCAGAAGAGGGCAGCAAAUCUGAAGCUGGAGUUCCAGGCAGGUGUGAGCUGCCAGACGUGGGUGGGUGCUGGGAAUCAUACUCUGGUCCUCUGGAAGAACAGUAAGUUCUUUUAACCUCUGAGCCAUCUCUCCAGCACCAAGAACAAGAUUUUUCACAGCCUUGUGGCCGUUUUGCUUUCAGAGAGGGGAAGAGUUAAUGCAGAAGAAGAAAAAGGGCAGGUGGUGGCCAGGGUGUCUGCUGCUCAUCACAGCCUCCUCCCUCUCAGCUGUGGUGCUAAUUCGAGCUAAAGACUGAGUGCGUGGUCAGUGCAGGACCCACCCGUGUCUGGGAAGAAGAUUCCUUGUUCAGCAUGUGCCCUCCCUUUGUCCCUGGGGGAGGCAGGCAGUCAGGGAAGCCCGUACUGCCUCACAGUCCUUCCCUGGUGACAGUCCUUCCCUGGUGGGUAGGGUCCCUGGGAAGCCCAGAGCAGACGAGGUGAAGGAACAAGCCGGUAGGCAGCCGGGCCAAGACCAAGGAGCCACAGGAGGGGUGUCUAUGGCUGUGCCCCACUGCUGAGCCGGUAUCCACCCAAGCAGCAAGGCUGGGGAAGGGUUGGGGGAAGGACACACAGUUCCUCUGUCCAUCUGCUGCAUCAACACUUAGAAGCUGAAAUUCUGUUCUCACGAUCCAAAUUAAAUACAGGUACUUUAUUUCCGGGUGCUCACAUCCUUUUGAGAGAGUGGUAUGUGCCUGUUCAGACUCAUUCUCCUCCCGAAGAGGGGCAGUGUUGGAGGGUGGGGGGUAAACUUGGAUGGUGGCAGAUUAAUGCAAGUGGACGCCAUGGGAAGUGGGUACCUGAUGCCCUCCACAGCUGAGGGGGGGUCUCCCACCCCCCUCUCUCUGCCUCCCUUUGCAAAAGGUGGUGGGCAUGGACAUGUGUUACACGUAUUCAUUAAAUGCAUUUGAUAAAACACCCAGAAUCUCAUCAUGGCUAAGAGUGUGCGACUUAGGAAACGGGACAGUUUGGGAUGGAGUAACCAUAUUGAAAGAAAAAGUGCUGAUUAAUGUCUUGUAGAAAAUGCUAGAGCCGUACACCAUCCCAUGGAAAUUAUAAUAUUUACCACUUGUAUUAAUGUUUUCAUAAUACAUUAAAAACUUAAAAGGAACAGGUAAAGUA